AUGGGUCUUGUGGGGAAAUCGUUAGAAGACCUUCGAAAGAAUGUGGUUUGCCGAAACUUUUCGAAGUCAACAGGCAUGCAAGCUGCGCUUCAAACCCUCGUCUCUAUAGGCGAUCUGCACGAUAUCGGAUAUCUGCACAGAGAUAUUAAACCGCAAAACUUCGCUAAUAGGACUAGG